UGAUCGGUCUUUCAGUUUGACAUUAUGAUUAUUUGAAUUGAAAUCAUCUUUGCUAUUCGUUUCAGUUAUUUUGCGCUUUUUUUUAUUUCGAAAUUUUAUUAAAGAUAUAAUGGAUUAUAGUACUACAGGUGCAAUGAGGAGUCCAUUUUCACCUCGAGUGAGGCAGUCCAUCACGGGACGAAGGCCAAUUUCGCUUUCAUCAGCGAAAAAGAACCAAAGUAAAUCAAUGCAGUCUCCGGGUGAGCCAACUGGUGAUGUAGUGUAUAAGACUCCAGUUACCACCAUAGAAACAUACGGAAUGCCCCUCCCAGUGAUGGUCACAGAAGCCUUGACGUUUGCUAGUGGUGAAGUCAGUGUCCGCCUGUCUGCGUGUGGCUGGUGCUGGGUGGUGUCGGGGCGGCGCGUCAUCGCGUGGCCGCGCGCCGCGUCCUCCACCAGCGCCGCCCCCACCAGCACGGUGGCUCGGGAACUGUCCUUGCCACAAACUGAUCUGGCACAUAAAGCGGAUUUGGUUGUGCUCUUUUACACUGCAGGAGCUCAGAAGUUGGUGGGAGUGGUGGUGCUGCCGGGCGAGCCGGGCGGCGAGCCGAGCAUCGCGCUAGUGUCGCGGGGGCCCGCGCUGCAACUGUGGCGGGGCUCCGAGCUACACGAGCACUCGCUGCGGCGCGCGCUGGGGGACGCGCACACACGGACACACCUCCCGCCGCACGGUGACCCAAACAGUCUCGAGAUCAUGGCCCUGGAUGUUAGAGCGAGUGGAAACAACGGUCUGCUUCUACUCAUCGCCAUUGUCAAUGUUGCUCGCUCACCAGAAAUGAGAUAUGGCAUUGCGCACGUGUGCGUGCAGGACGCCGGCGCGCCCCGCGUGUCGUGGCUGGUGCUGGCGCGCGGCGUGGCGCCCGGGGCCCCGCUGGCGCCCGCGGCCCCGCUGGCGCCCGCGGCGGCGCCCGAGGAGGUGCGGGCCCCCGACGAGGCGCCCCGCUUCCUGCCCCUGCCGCAGCGCGCCCUGCUCUACACCUCCAAGUACAUCGCGCUCGUCUCCACUACAAUGUCGAACGAUAAAGUGGAUUACAUAGACGUAUCAUCAGAAGGCGACAAGUUGUUAGGAGCCGAGCUGUGCGACGGAGUACCGCUACUGUUCAGUCUGAAGCACGGCGUGUUGGCACUCAGCCAGCCCGACGCCAUGCACACUACCCCGUCGAUGUGCGAGAGUCCGAUGGGGUCGCCGUGUCCGUCCGACAUGUACGAUGGCAACCUGUCGCUGUACGAGAUCGAUCCGCACGAGGUGGCCGCGGUGGCGCGCGACGCGGUGGGGCGCCUCAAGACUGCCUUCCUGUUCCACGUGCGACGCGACGCGGCCGCCAGCGCCGCGCUGCUGGCCGGGCUGCUGGCGGCGCCCGCGGCCCCGGCGCCGCGCGACGUGGACGCGGACCUCGACCGCGCCGUGCUGCGCAUCGCGUGCGACAUGCUGGACGACGUGCCCGCCGGGGACCCCAGGUGGAAGCAGCGCGGCGGCGCGGCCGGCGGCGCGGCCGGCGGCGCGGCCAGCGACGUGUGCCUGGGCAGCUCGGCGGCGCUGCAGCUGGACGCGCAGCUGCGCGACAAGCAGCGCGCCUUCGCCCUGUUCUGCGACUUCCUGCGCGCCGCCGGCCUGUGGCAGCGUCUGGGGCUCGUCACCGCCGAGUCUGGAAGUGUCGUCAGUACAGAGAAUGCUCUGGGCGAGCUGGCCGACCUGCUGAGCAUGGCUAUCGCCCUGAGGAAGCUGCAGCAGGGCCCGGACGCGCAGCUCGUGGACGCGGCCAUCAACCAGGUGGUGUGCGGGGACGGCGCGCUGCAGGACGAGCCGUGGCUGGAGGCCGCGCUGGCGGGCGGCGCGCUCGCGCCCGCCGACGUCGCCUACCGCCGCGUCACGCACCUCGCCCGCGUGCUGCGCGCCCUCGCGCGCGCGCCGCGCCCCGCCGCGCCCCGCGCCGCCGCGCUGCACGCCGCCGCCACGCUGCGCGCGCUGCUGGCCGCGCUGGCCGCGCGCGCGCCUCGCCAGCGCCCGGCGCCGGCGCUGGGCCCGGGCGCGCUGCUGCCGGCGCUGGCGGCGCUGCCGCGGCGGGCGCUGGCGGCGGCGCGCGAGGCGGAGGAAGCGGCGCUGCGGGCGCCGGUGGCGGAGGCGGCGGCGGCGCUGGCGGACGCGGUGCUGUGGGACGCGGAGGCGCUGGCCGCGGAGGCGGCCACGCGGCCCGUCUACGAGCGCCUGCGCCGGGAGACCAUACAGCCCUUCGUUGACGAGGGACAGACAGAGCGGGCCGCGGCACUCGCUGAAAAGUUUAAAGACUUCGAGCUCUUGAUAGAAAUGUGCAUUAACAACAAUGAUUUGGAAAGACUGUACUCGUACAUCGAGAAAUACUCAAACGAGCUCGCGUUCGCGCGCCUGUGCGAGCGGGGCGGCGCGGGCCGCGCGCUGCUACUGCGCGGGCUGGGCGCGCGCUGCGGGCCCGCGCUGGCCGCCUGGCUGGCCGCCGCGCCCGCCCGCGCCCCGCUGCGCGCGCUGCAGGCGCUGGCCGCGCGCCGCCCCGCCGCCGCCGCCGCCGCGCUGCUGGCGGCCGCCGCGGUCGAGCGGGACUCCGUGGCGCGCCUCACGACGAUGGCGUCGCUGGGCAAGCUGUGCGCCGUGGCGGCGGACGACGGCCAGGCCGCGCUGGCCGCGCUGGACGCGCGCCUCGCGCUGGCCGACCAGCACCACGCCCUGCCGCACGCACUGCGCCAGCACCACGGCCUGCCGCGCGGGGACUGCGCCGUGCUGCCGGCGGAGGAUCUCAUACAGGUGUGGUGUGCGUGUAUCCUGGCCGACGAUUGGUCGUCGUGUCGCGUGGAUGCGCCGGCGCAGGAAUUGUCCGACAAGAUGUUCUUCCGGCUCAUUGACCUCGUGCAUCUUAUGGGCGCGGACGUGCAGGUGUUGCUGCCGGCGGCGGAGGACGUGCUGACGGCGCCCGAGCUGGCCGAGCUGGCCGGCGACGCGCGCGUGCACUACCUCAUCAAGUACGGCUACCAGUGUCUCAGCGCCCGCCACUGACCGCCCGAGCUGGCCGGCGACGCGCG